UAAACCAACAAACAUAGAAAUUAAACCAACAAUGUAGUUUAGUCACUCCGGUGUUCGCGAUUAAAUCGACUAAUUAAGUGAUUGACUCUUCAAUGCGGUUGGCUGGUUUAGCAGCCGCAAUGGAGCCGGUGUUAGCGUAGGUGUGAGAGUGAUAUUGAAUAUCUAAAUGAGAGUGAAUUUUUCAAUGGGAUCGAGUGAAUUUCUGAAUCUCUACAAUAGAUUUGUGAGGGAGGGAGAGUAGAAAUUGGGAGAGAACGAGACUGAUUGCGCGGCUGCAAGCAGUUGAAAAUUCUCUACAUAAGUAGUAAACCCUAUUGGAAACUUAAACUUUUUUUUAAAAAAAAAUUAUUUAAUAUUAUUUUAACGGGUACCGGGUACCCAACUUCUUAAACUAAACGGCCCAUGACCCGACCCAGAAACAUGCUUAUUUUCCCGGGUUGGGUACUCGGCCUAUUUAUUUUACCAAAAACUGAAAAUUACCCGGUUUAUUUGUGUCGGGUCGGUGGGUCGACGGAUCGGGUAAUUUUGAACACCCCUACGUAUCAUACACUUGCUUCCAGUUUUAACUACUAGACAAAUAACUCAUUGGUAAGGUCACUUCGAAUUUGAUCGGGUUGAUCGGCUAGUUUGUUAACGCAUAACCGUCAAACUGUCAAAGCUUAAAUUCCACCUAGUCUCCUAAUCCAGAUAAGACCCCAUUGGUAAGGUCACUUCGAACUUGGUUGGGAUGAUUGGGUAGUUUGUCACGCAAAAUCGUCAAACUAUCAAAGCUUAAACUCCACCUAAUCUUCUAAUCCUGAUUUAAGAAAAUUAGAGUUAGAGUUAGAGUCGGAUUUUUAAUUAAGAACUCUUGCAAGUACAACUAACAUAAUUUCUUUUUCAACGUGCUUGCACCUUGUGUGAUUGUGUAUAUGGGCAAAAUAAUGCUUCAUACAUUAGUUGGUUAAUUGUUUGUACCUGGUUUGAUUAUAAGGUACGAAAAGUCGUAUUGUGAGAUAAUUGCAAUAUUUAGUGAGUAGUCAACUACUUCUUCAGUCCCUAUUUGUUUGCUCUAUUUACCAUUAGUCUGUCCCAAAAGAUUACCCCGUUACCAUAAAUGUUCAUAGAUAUUACAACUGUACUCUAACAUAUACGAGUAUUUGAUUUCACUCUUUUUUUUAUCGUUUGAUACAUGGGACAAACAAUUAGGGACAUAUGGAAUGAUUAUUUUCUACUCAAAUUUUGGUUCAUGCCAUUUUUUAACAAAUCUCCUUGUGGGCGUGGGGGUAGUGAAUUUGUGUUCACUCAGAAACUCAAGACAAUCCUUGGGUAGUGGGUCACUUUGAUGGGUUUGAUCCAAAAUCAUCAGUUUUGAGCGAUCUUAUUGUAUAUUUGUAACUUUUUUCUGAUAGAAUUCAAUUUGGACACUCUUAAUUUGUUCAUCCAUGUUCUAUUUGUUUUGUCAAAUUUAGAAAUUUGCUUAUUAGCUAUUGGUUUUUGGCUUGAAUUAACUCAAAUUUGAUAAAUUUCCUAUAUUUUUUCUCACUGCAUUAGCUGAUUAGGUCUUACCCUGGUGGUUUUGAUUAAAAAUCAGUGAUUGUAGGCUAUUGUAAGAUACUGCCUGCUUUAAUUGAAGAAUUUUAGGGUUCAUUUGUGCAAUGGAGAAAUCACAAAUUUAUAAUUUUAGGGUUCACUUUGAUGGUUUGAUCCAAAAACAUCAGUUUUGAGAGAAUUCAAUCUGGGCGCUCUGUAUUUGUUCAUCCAUGUUCUAUUUUUUGUCAAAUUCCAGAAAAUUGCUUGUUAACUAUUGUUUUUUUUGGCCUGAAUUAACUCAAAUUUGAUAAAUUUCCUAUACUUUCCCUCACUGCAUUAGCUGAUUUAGGGUUUACACUGGUGGGUUUGAUUCAAAAUCUGUAAUUGUGGGCUAUUGUAAGAUACUACCUGCUUUAAUUGACUGGUUGCAAACUUGCAAUAAUUUUAGGGUUCAAUUCUGCAAUGGAGGAAUCCCAGAUCAAUAAUUCCAGUACCAAAUUGGAAUUUCAUGAUGAUACAAUUGAGGAUUCUGAGAUUGAUAAUAAUCCCACUACCAUACUUGAUCUUCCUGAUGAUUGCCUUAUUUUCAUCUUCAAACACCUUACUAUCGAAUAUGAUCGAGUAUCCUUUGGAUUAACCUGCGGUAAGUGACUAGAUCUUCAAAACCGAAACCGGCAAUCCUUACAGUUUGAUUGCUCACUCACCUACACUAAACAUCUCUUCAGAAACCCAUACAUGAUCAACACAUGUGACCUUCAUAAAACAAUGUCACGUUACCAUCACCUACGAUCACUAUCCUUAUCUGGGUGCAGUACACUACCAGAUUCAGGUCUAAAGUUGUUACAGUACUCUGGUUCAAAUCUUCGAGCCUUACAUUUGGAUUGUUGUUUUAAGAUCAGUGAUAAUGGUGUUUCGUUUGCAGCAAGUGGUUGCCCUUUGUUGAAGUUUAUCAGCCUAUAUCGUUGCAAUAUUACUGAUGUAGGUUUGGAAAGCUUGGCUAAGUCUUGUUUGGGAUUGGAAGAUGUUAAUCUUACCUAUUGUUUGGGUAUUACUGAUAGUGGUAUAAACUCUCUUGUUCGGAAUUGUGUUCAUCUAUAUGGGAUUAGAAUUAGCAAUUGUAGGAACAUAAAGGGUGUUGGGUUUUGUGGGUGUUCUCGAACUUUGGGUUAUUUGGAAGCUGAAUCUUGUAAACUCGACCAGGAAGGGAUAGCAAGUAUGGUAAGCGGAGGAGGAUUGAAGUAUCUAAACAUUUUGAAUCUUAGUUGGUCGAUUCUUGGAGAUGGAUUAUCAGCAAUUGGAGGAGGAUUUGGAAAAAUGAUUAGGGUUUUAUAUAUGAGACUAUGUAGAACAAUUAGGGAUGAGGGUGUCGGACUAAUUGCUCGCGGUUGUCCUUCAUUAGUGGAGUGGAAUUUGGCAUCAUGUCAUGAGAUUCGAGUUUUAGGGUGGGAGUCGAUUGGCUUGAAUUGUAACAAUUUGGAAAGACUCCAUGUGAAUCGAUGUAGGAACUUGUGUGAUCGUGGGUUGGAAGCUUUGAAGAAUGGUUCCAAGAAGCUUGAUGUUUUGCAUAUGAAUGGAUGUCCUCAAAUGAGUACAAUAGCAAUUGAAUUGUUUAGGUUAUCAAGAGGUGAUCUUAUCAAAGAAGAUGAACAUUUCAUAAUUGGCCAUAACUGGCAGUUUUGGUGUUACCCCAGAAUUUGGUGGAGUAAUUAUCUAGUUAUGUUUUUAUUGUUUAGCUUCAAACUUUCAAGAAGUUUGCAUCAGUUUUGAUCAUUGUCAAACUUUUUCACUGUCUUGACCAGGUGUCCUAUGAAACUAGCAUACGCGCAUAAGACCGUUGAUGUCAUCAUUAGACAAUGAAUAAAUAUUUGAUUGAUUAUAAUUAUUGAACAUAACUCUUUGAUCACAAUGAACAAAAUUCUUCUCCAUCCCCAUGAUUCUUGUCAUUCUUCUUCAUUAUGUGAAGAAGAUGGAGAUGAUACUUUAGUAACUUUUCUAGAAAGAGAUUUAUUUCUAAAUGGAAAUUGUAAAUUGUUUCCCAAAAUAUGCAAACUCAGCGAGAAAAACAUUUGUGAUUCUUGUUAAAGUACUUUUAAUCGAAUAGGUUUUUUUUUUGCUUUAUCUUGUCUUGAAUAUUGGUGCUAUCUCUCUUUCAAAUCAUGGAUCAGCAUUGCUUACAAUGUAUGAAUUACAUGUGCAUAACUCUUUAGUUUCUUCUGUAU